GUUCUUACGUGCUGAAACAACGUCAACAUGUCCUCUGAGCAGUCUGCGGACCAGUCUCCCUUCGAGAUGCUCCGGAUCAUCAUUGGUCCGGAGAGAACGCCUGCCGACCUACAAGAAGCUCUUGAAGCCGCGAAUUACAAUCUGGCCCUCGCUAUUGCUUCAUUGACAUCUCGACCAGUACCUACGCUCACGCCGAAUAAACCCAAGGGAGGCCAGGUUUGCCGGUUUUUUCUUCAAGGAGACUGCAGGCGCGCAGAUUGCUGGUUCUCACACGACCUGGAGCAGGCGAUUUGUCGUUUCUGGCUGCAAGGAGGAUGUCUAGCGGGUGAUGCCUGUGGGUUCAGUCAUGAUCCGACGAAGCUGGUGACAAACGUGGUUACGAGUAUAGCGCAGCCUACGCACGUGAAGAAGACGGAAGCCCCGAAGGUUGACGAUGAAGAGAUGUUCCCGGGUCUCGGCGGAGGCACAAGAAAACCUACAACGCCAGCAAAGCCAAAGGCUUCGACUACGCCUCGGAAACAACAGACGCCAAAAGUUGCGCCUGUUCUUGCUUCAGAAGAUGAUUUCCCUGCACUAGGGGCAUCACCAAAACCAAAAUCAUAUCCGGAAGCACCUCAAGAACCCCUUUCCAUGGCCCAGUUAGCAGCAGCAUUACCUGAAACGCAGCCAAUAAUGUCAAAGUCUGUGUCGGGACGGAAUACAUCGGCUCAUCCACGGUCCUCCCUCACCCCUGCUCCACCAGAUGCCCUACCUUGGCUCGAGACGGGUCCAGCACUGGCAGCACUGUACGCCAAACAUCGUGCACCGGCUAUCCAGCAUGCAGUAACGCGAAACAAACUUCUACAACAAGCAUCAGAUGCAUGGCGACGAAAUGAUCCUGCUCGGGCGGGAGAUCUGAGUGCACAAGGACAGACUGAGAACGAAAACAUGCGUCUUGCACAUGAGCGUGCUGCUGAUGCAAUCUUCACAGAACGCAAUACGGGUCUGCCGAAGGGAUGUAUUGAUUUGCAUGGAUUACAUCCUGCGGAGGCGGUGAUGUAUCUGGAGAAAUUCUUGUUGAGAUCGGAGAUGAACGGGGAGAGGGCAGUGUAUGUGGUAAUAGGAAGCGGAAGUCAUGUCAGUGUACCUGGGAAGGAGAAGGUCAGAGAUGCCGUGUUGGAGUAUUUGGCAGGAUGGGGGUACGCAUGCAGGGAGUUCGUGGUUAAAGGUGGUGUUGGAGGCGUUGUCUGGGUUGAUUCUUGGUCGCAUUACUGAAAGAACUGGGCAC